UUAGUACACAAGCCUAAAAAUACUAUCGAAGUAAUAAGCUGUUAAAAAAUAAUAAGGUCAAAGCAAAAGUGAACGAUGUGUUCCAAGAAUAUCGCUUAUUUAUUUUUAAUUUCAUUCUGUGUAUCGGAAAUAGUAGCGGACAGCAUUGCACCCGGAAUCUUGCCAGACAGAACGAAUCGAGUAGAGGAUAUUUACCUUAGAUAUUAUAAUGGACAAACAGCUGAAGACUACGUGGACAUUCCUCUCAGUCAGGCCAACAAAUUAUUCGAAAUCAAGGGUUUUGACCAGAACAAUCCCACUGUCUUCUAUAUCCAUGGAUUCAUUGAAGUUGCUCAGCAGGAGAGUAUCCAGGUCAUGGUGAACGCGUAUUUGGAGGCAAGGCCGGGUACAAAUGUUAUAUUACUAGACUGGUCCAAUAUGGCACAUGGGUCAUACUUUUUCAAUGCCGCUAGAAACACCAAAAAGGUUGGUACAGCUGCAGCGGAACAGUUGAAUAAAUUAGUCGACUCAGGACUUCUCUUGGACAAAUUCCACGUGAUUGGACACUCAUUGGGUAGCCACGUGGCAGGAUACACUGCAAGAGAACUGAAGACCAAAUACAACAAAACUAUCAAAAGAUUAACAGCCCUCGAUCCCGCUUUUCCAGCGUUUUAUCCUGAUGGCGUGGUGAUGGAACACGUGAACGCGAAGGACGCAGACUUUGUGGAUGUAAUACAUACGGACGCCGGUGGAUAUGGCGCGCCGGUACGAACUGGAACGGCUGACUUCUGGCCGAACGGUGGCAAAAGCAUACAGCCUGGUUGCCCCCGAUUUGCCCCCAUACCUCUCUCCGAUGAUAAUUUGUGCAGUCAUUGGAGAUCGUGGCGGUUUUUCGCAGAAUCAGUGAGAAAUCCUGAAGCAUUCCCCGCCUCUCCUGCCGAAUCUUACCAUAAAUUCAGAGAAAACCCGAACCCUGAAGAAGGAAUGGUGUACAUGGGUUAUAGCUGUGAUAAUAAAGCCGAAGGAUCUUAUUACUUAACAACGAACUCUCAGACACCAUUUGGAAAAGGAAUGGAUGGGCUAUAUCCAAAAAGCAAGAGUAAUUCCAUAAAGAAAUAAAUUUUGCCUAGGAUGGGUAAAUUCCUUUCUAUAUUGUCGAAAACAGAGUUUAUUUAUUUAUUAAUAUGUAGCAUAAUUAGAAUUGUAGUGUAAAAAUAUAAAAUGUUUUUAUCAAUUCGAAAUCACACAUCACGUGUCUCUUUAGAUCUAGUUUCUAUGUAUAACGCUCGAUUACUAAAAGGCUACUCCAUUUUAAGUUGUAUUUACAUAGGUAUCAUGCUAUCUCUGUCAUUUUACAAAGAAUUUGUUGAGACAGAGUUCUGUCUCAACAAAUUCUCUAAAGUCAGAACAUAGUUCUAUUGCUACAUAAAUGACAGAGAUGGCACGAUAUUUAAAUAUUUUCAACCUAAAUGUGAGUAGCCCUUUAGUAUCUGGCCGUUAAUUUGACAAAUCUGUUACUGCACUCAUGGUGUAUAUAAAGAGAAUGUAUUGAUUUUUAAUUCAGUACAAUAAAAACUAUUGUACUGAAUUAAAAGACGAACGAUUUGUUUUAUGGCUUCAAUAAUAUCGAUCGUAAAAUAGGUCGCAGUAUAAAAAGUUAUUUAACUUUUAAAAGAAAAAAUGUGAAAACGACAUUGCGUAUAUUGAUACAUCACAUCUUCUUUGUUUUUUAAUUUCAUUUUUUUUAUUAUUUAAUAACCGUUAUCGUACUUGCUCUGAAGUCGAGAAAUUCUUAGGCACUCAACGAGUACCUACUACUCAUCGUACCUGGACACGAAAUCACAAUUUGUAUAUUACACAAAUAUAUGUGUAGUGUAUGUAUUUGAAUGUGAUAAAAAGGCACACUUUAUUAAUUAUUAUUUUACCUACUCAUAAUUCUGUUACUUCUAUUGUAAAGAGUACUUAAAUGUGAACGUCUAAUUGUAUUCAAUCGUUUUAGUGUAGAUAAAUGAAAGUAUUACUAUACAACAAACAUUUAUUCCUUUUUGAUGAUAAUAAUAUGAAACUACUAUUAAUAGUGAUACAUUUUUUUAUUAAAUAACAAUAAU